AUGUUCUUUGCCAUGCUGACGGACGCCUAUAGCGACGAACGUCCUGGAAUCCGCAUCGCCUACAGAACGGACGGUCAUCUCCUGAAUCAACGACGGAUGCACUUCCAAUCGCGCGUAUCCACAACCACCGUUCACGAACUCCUCUUCGCUGACGACUGCGCCCUGAACACCACCUCGGAAGAAGAGAUGCAACGGAGUAUGGACCUAUUCGCCGCCGCCUGCGAGAACUUCGGUCUGGUCAUUAACACGCAGAAGACGGUGGUGAUGCACCAACCGCCACCCAAUUCAUCCACACCACCCAACGCGCCGCCGCAAAUCAACGUGAACGGAACCCAACUGCAAGUGGUAGAGAACUUCCCUUACCUGGGCAGUAAUCUCUCCCGCAACACCAAGAUCGACGACGAAGUCGCCAACAGGAUCUCGAAAACCAGCCAAGCCUUCGGUCGCCUCCAAAGCACAGUUUGGAAUCGUCAAGGUCUUCAACUAAGCACGAAGCUGAAGAUGUACAAGGCCGUCAUCCUGCCGACGCUACUGUAUGGAGCGGAGACCUGGACGGUGUACACAAAGCAGGCACGCCGUCUGAACCACUUCCACCUCAGCUGUCUUCGUCGCAUCCUGAGGCUGAACUGGCAGGAUCGAAUUCCCGACACUCAUGUGCUGGAAUGGACGGGAAUUCUGAGCAUCUACUCCAUGUUGAGACAAAUGCAGCUGCGUUGGAGCGGUUACCUGGUGCGCAUGGACGACGAGCGACUACCCAAACGACUCUUCUACGGAGAAGUCGCGACGGGUUCUUGCCGCCAAGGAGGCCAAAUUCGCCGUUACAAGGACACUCUGAAGCCCUCCCGGAAACGCCUGCAAAUCAACCCAACCAACUGGGAAGAGCUCGCACACUAUCUACCGACCUGGAGGAGGGCAGUGAAGACAGGCGCUGCGAUCUACGCAGCCAACCGCAUCGCCGCCGCCAAAGCGAAACGCGAAGCCCGCAAGGCACAACUUCGCCCAGUACGCAACGCGGACGCUUAACCGCUGCCUAGGUGUCCUCGGUGUCAACGGACAUUCCGGGCUCGAAUUGGACAUGUCGGACAUCUUCGGAGCAACUGCGCCUCUCGGAUUGCACCACCCAUCACUCCCCGCCCGCUUUUUCCUCGUCCUCUCCGCUGCGAACUAACUCUGGCAAUUCUUCCGAACCACGACUUCCAUCCUCCUCUUCUUCCUCCUCCUCCUCCUCCUCCUCCUCCUCCUCCUCCUCCUCCUUCACUGCCCCAACUGCGGCCGCUCAGGAGGCCGUCUCGCACAUCACCAACCGCGACACAACAACAGACACCACCCCCAACACUCCUGACUCCAGCAAUGAGGAUCAGGACUACACCUGCCCUCACUGCGACCGCACCUUCGUCCCACACAUCGGCCUGGUCGGUCACUUGCGAAUCCAUCGCACAGAGACUGGCGAACCAGUGCCUGGAGCACCAACGUACACCCACCACGCUCAUCUCAACUGCCCACACUGCCCUCGCACUUUCAGUCAUCGCAUGGGUCUCUUCGGCCAAAUGCGCAUCCACGACGACCUGCGGUAG